AUGUCAGAUCUGCACCUGGAAGCCACCGGCAACUAUGCAACGUUUGACUUCCCUGUCACAGCACCCUAUUUGUUACUAUCUGGAGAUGUUGGGAGCCUGGCCGACUACAAGGAGUACCUGAGCUUCAUCCGGCGUCAGACAGGACGUUACGCUGCCGUUUUGCUCGUCCUAGGGAACCACGAGUUCCACGGUCUCGACCACAGCACCACACUUGCCAGGGCCAAGGAGCUCGAGGCCGAGCCGUCACUCGGGGGCAGACUUCACGUUCUACACCGGCGCCGGUUCGAUAUCCCUGGUACAAACACGACCAUCAUCGGGUGCACGCUGUGGACCAUGGUCCCGGAGGAAGCGAAGGAGGCAGUCGUGGGGAGAGUCAAAGAUUUUCAGCACAUCGAAGACUGGGGCGUUGAAACACACAACGGAGCUCACGUCGCGGAUUUGAAGUGGUUGAAAGGCCAGCUGAGAGAGGUGCCCGAGGAGACAAGAGUGAUUGUUGCGACGCACCACGCGCCGUCCCUAGAGGGGACAUCGGAGCCUCAGCACAGGGGCAGCCCCUGGUCUUCGGCUUUCGCGACGGGGAUCAUGGAGGACGGGGAAGACUGGAGUCGCGUAGGAUGCUGGGUAUUUGGGCAUACGCAUUACUCGACGGACGUAGUAGUGGAGGGAGUUAGGAUUGUGAGCAACCAGAGGGGAUAUGUUGGGCCUGGGAGAGUUAUCAAAGAGGGGUUUGAACCUGGUAGGCUCAUCGAGAUGUGA